GGCCGUUGUUCAAACCAGCGGCGCCCCCAGUCCUCCGAACUCGGACGUGCAGAACGUUCUUGGGCUAGCAAUUCAGAACGUAUCCACCUCAGCGACCGGCAGUGCGGCCAACAAAACGCCCACAGCGACUCCGACCGGGCAGCAACAGAAGGCG